GAGAGGGGUAACAAAUUUCUCGAUCUUACGGAACCGUAAUCCUUGUGCCUGGCUUCCGUACUAUAAGACCGAAGUUCUCGAAGAUGUGCACAUUCUUAGGCGUCCGCGAAAGAUCAACAGGUCGUCUUCUUACAGGCUCAGCCAUCUGUCAACAUGACUGGUUCCGGUUUUCUUUUGCCUCUUUCGGCGACUCUAUUAUCUACCCUCAUUCCUGCGCUCUCGCUAUCACUGAGCCCACGGUCACUUUCAACCACACAACCAUCUGUGACGUACGAUCUUGGCUCCAAUUUCUCCCUCAUAUGGAACGCAGACGCAUCUCAAAUUUCCAUCCAAUCCGGAGAAACGCAGGAUAUUAUCUGGGCCACUGUUCCUGGCACUUCCUUCGUCAGCGCAAGUGCGGGGAACGACUCUGUUGAGGCAGCCAACGGUAACUUCAAGAUUACCCAGGUUGAUCAGGACUCCUGCCUGGACCAGAGCGUCGCCUCAGUGGCCCAAUCUUCGGACGGUGGCGUCAUCGUUGGCGGAGAGUUGUCCACCUGCAUCGGCGUCGGCACAUUAUCCGGCGGGGAGACCUCUGCUCGGUAUACCCUACAAUUCUCGAUACCCCAGGGCUUCACCGACCGCGUAGCCUUCUCUCUCGAUGUCACAGGCUCGACCAACCACUCCUUCCCGCUGAAGAAGGCCUUCCUAUCUUACCAAUCUGAUGCGUCUGAAGACUUCUACGGAUUCGGGGCUCAACCAUCGUUUGCUUCGCUGAAAGGCCAAUCUAUCCCUAUAUUUUCUCGGGAACAAGGCGCGGGACGCGGCGACGAGCCUUUGACGACGCUCGCGAAUCUGAAUUCAUUCUUCUCCGGUGGGGAUAAAUUCACAACAUAUACCGCUAUUCCACAGUACAUCACCACCGAUGGCCACGUCUUCUACCUCACCGAGCAGUACACGGCCUAUACGAACUUCGAUCUCACACAGCCCGAUGUCGUGACGGUUCGAUACGACGGCCUCAGCGUUGAAGGUCAUGUGGCGAAGGUGUCUCCCGGGAAGAACAGCGUGCUGCUAGACGCGGUCGAGUUAUUGACGGAGUAUACGGGGAGAAUGCCGGUGUUGCCGACAUGGGUCGAUAAGGGCGCGGUAUUGGGCAUUCAGGGCGGGCAGGAUAAGGUUGACGGUAUCAUCAUCGAGGCGCUCAACUCCAGUACCCCGAUUGCUGCGGUUUGGCUCCAGGACUGGGUAGGGACGCAUAGUCAAACCGGACCCUACGUCAAAAUCUCGCGCCUCUGGUGGAAUUGGGAGAACGACGAAGUACUUUAUCCCAACUGGACCUCGUUCGUUCAAAACCUCCGCGACACAUACGAUAUUCGCACUCUCUCCUACGUGAACACCUUCCUCGCGAACGUCAGCACGAAAUCUUCAGGCUUCAAGCGCAACCUUUACGACGAAGCUACAUCCCAACACUUCCUUGUCCAGAACACCACCAUCAAUUCUACGGCUAUCAUCUCGAGUGGUCCAGGUUUAGACGCCGGAAUCGUUGACCUGACGAACGGCGACACGACUACAUGGUUCGCAGACGUCCUGGCGAACCAGGUCUGGAACUCCAAUAUCUCCGGAUUCAUGACGGACUUCGGAGAGUAUACGCCCGUAUCAAGCGAUGUUGCGCUGGCGAGCGGGGAGGAUGCUUUCACGUACCAUAGCCGGUACCCGCUUCAAUGGGCGCAGUUGAACCGUCAAAUCGUCGAGGAUCUGGACAAGACUUCCGAAGCCGUUCUGUUCCAUCGAUCUGCGUCGUUCCUGGCGAAUCGGUACAUAAACCUCUUCUGGGCGGGUGACCAGAACGUGAACUGGGAUAGGAACGACGGGAUGAAGUCCGUCGUUCCUAUAAUGGUUCAUAUGGGCUUUUCAGGUUACUCUCAGUCGCACUCGGAUGUCGGAGGCUAUACGACCAUUCUAUCCACCGUCGGCAAUGUUACGCGUUCUCAAGAACUUCUGGGACGUUGGGGCGAACUCGCAGCGGUUUCGAGCGCCGUCUUCCGUUCGCACGAGGGCAAUAUCCCAAGCGUCAACGCCCAAUUCUACAGCACAAGUGCGACGUAUGCAUACUACGCCUACAACGCCCGUCUUUUUGCCGCCCUCGCCACAUAUCGCCGUCAUGUCCUCGACAACGAAUCGACACUUCGCGGGUGGCCUCUUCUCCGUUCACCCGUUAUCUACCACACUGCCGACACCGCCGCCCGUGAGAUCUCCUAUGAAUCGUUCUAUCUCGGCUCAGAGCUCUACGUCGCUCCCGUAUACGACUCCCAGACGUUCACGGUCGCCGUCUACCUGCCUGGAGAUACGGCUGACGGGGAGGGUAGGACGUACACGCAUGUUUGGAGCAACGUUACGUAUGGAGGAGGGCAGACCGUCGAGGUGGACGCACCGUAUGGUCAACCGGCGAUUUUUGUCGUGAAUAAUUCGACAGCGGUUGGGAUUGAUGAAUUAUCGGAGUUCGUGAAGAAGGAAAGCGGGACAGUAUUGUCGGUUGAAUGAUCUGAGGGUAGGCUCUAAUGGAUGUUUCAUCCUUGUGACGCUUCGUAAUAAUUUCGCUAGUGUAGGGCAUAGAUAUUUCUGC